CCCGCCCCUGUCUGGUGGUUAGGGAACGGACUAUGAUGUAGCGUUGAUUCCGCUUUGGCAUGUGUAAGAGUUGCACUGGGACAGAUGACGUCUUCUCAUAUACCCAGGGUUUCUUUUCUUUCUGAUCAUAUUUUGCGAUUGCAACGGGAGACGAUGACACGGACUUGCAUGAGGGAUGAAUUUGAUUUCCAGCAUGGAACGAACUUACUUAUAUAUCCUUUGCUAUUUUGUUUCUUUAUUUGCAUCAUCAUCAACCAUACCUAUUUGAGCAAGACAUGUUGACAUGGAAUGGGCUGGCUGGCUGGGCCAUUGAUUUA